AUGGUUCAUUUUUCUCAAUCAUUGAUGCCCGAUAUUCCACUAGCAACAUCGUUACCAACAACCUUUACGUUUCAACCAAACCAUAAUCAACUUGAUGAGCAAUCAGCACUGCAGCAACAAUCUGUUGCUUCAUCAUCUCAAUCUCAUUCAAGUUCAUCAACUCAACAACGAUCAUCUUCGAAUGAUGAAUCUACUAAUAAUAAUCAAACACAUACAAAUGAUUAUGAAACACGUUUACGCUGUCCGAAUUGUGAUACAUGGGUGGUUAAUUUAAGUGAUCAUUUACGUAAAACACAUCGAAUAGCUUCACCAGUUGAUCGUAAACCAUUACUUCGUAUGGCACGUUUAGAAAAACGUCGCAUGACUGAAUCUGCAAAUAAUUCAUCAACAACAAAUCGUCGGCCACCAGAAACAGUUGUAGUGAAUGGUUUGCAACCAUCACAUACAAAUACAAAUAAUGAAAUAGAAAACUUACUUUUUAAACAAGAACAAGAUCCAACUCCGCAAUUUUCUGUUACAUUACCAGAAAAUAUUUUACUUAGUCAUCAAAUAACGAAUUCUAUAGCUCAUUUUUCAACACCAAUAAUAAAUAAACGACCACGUGCAUCAGAUGAUCACAUCGAACACACAAUGAAUGGACCAUUAUCACCAAAUAAAAAGACACGUUUAGAUAUUAUUGAUGCCUCAAAACUACCGCAAACAAAUCAUUCAUCAUCGGGUAAAUCAAGUAAAAAAAAUAGAAAUAAGCAACAACAACAACAGCAGCAGCAGCAGCAACAACCACAACCACAAACAAUUAUUAAAACAUCAGCAUCAGGGAUUUUCCCGCAACAAACGGUUGCACUGCAACAUAUUGAUGAAAGUUCAGAUGAUCUUUCAAAAGUACUACAAAUGAUGGGCAAUGAAAUGAAUUUUCUUAAUCAGCAUUUACAAACAACGUCAAUUCUAUUACAAAAACAACUCGAUUUAGCACGUGAUAGUUUACAUGCCUGUUCUGUUCAAUUUGCUCAUCUGAAACGAAUGAUUCAACAACAGAUUUGA